UCGAGGCUUUUGAAGGUCGGUUGGUUGCGGAUUUAUAGUUAUAGCGUUACAAUGGAAGUCCUCCAACAUCUUCGAGGACCUAUACCUACCACAAUGAGAGAAGUCAGUGCCUUGUCCCAACUAAACCUUGAUGAAGAUGUUCCAUCAAUUCAGGGAGCUAAUUUCCCCAUAUUGUUGCAGUCCAACACUGAUACGAAUUUUAGUGAUAUAACCGCAUUUAAAUCCGCUUUUGCGCGUUCUGCUGAAGAUGCAAGGGUUUACUCACACCUCAAUACUCUGCUUGAACAAGGACAAGAGUACGCGAUUAUGCUGUACACGUGGAGGUCGAUAUCUAGAGCUCUUCCAUUUAUCCGAUCAAGUGACCAGCCAAAUAGAAUAAAGAUAUAUGAAAAAACGAAGGAGAUAUUAGAACCACAUUGUCUAAAAUUGAAACAGUUCAUGUUCUUUCAAGAUGCAGCUAUACGGAGGUUUGUGGAAGAAGUAAAACGACUGGCCCAUAAGGAUCAGAAAAACUUCUUCGUCAACCAGGCCUAUCUCGUCACACUUGGGAAAAUGAUAAAAAUGUUUGCUCUUCUAGAUGAAAUGAAGAACAUGAAGGCAAGCAUGAAAAAUGAUUAUUCUAACUACAAAAGAGCCGCCCAGUUUCUACAAGUUAACGAUCCCGAUUCUCACGACGUUAGUAUAUUCUUGGCGAAGCAAAAAAUCAUUCGUGAUACACUAAAAGAAAGCUUGAUUGCAAUUGAUGGCUAUGAGGACCUUCUGAUAGAAAUCAUUCAUAACAGCGCUCAAAUGUAUGAAAACAAGGUUUAUAUCCUUCCUGAAGAGAAACACACUCAUGUUAUAGUUAUAGCUUUUUCCCUUUAUCUUCUCGAUUCCGGUCGUAUAGUUGAUGGUAAGCAGGUAGGCGUUUGCCUGAAUAAAAUCGCAAAACGUCUUAACAUUGGUAAAUUAGAUCGGAUUUUAAAGGAAUGUGAAGUUGUCAAUCUGUUCGGUGAUAUGAGUGUGGAACCAUUUUCAUAUGUUCGUCAAACAGCGUCAUUUGAUCCAUCUAAGUGGCCAGAGUGCAAUAGUGCUAAAGUUUCUGGUCAGGGAGUGAUCUUAACGCACAUGGCGAGAUUUCAAGAGGAAUAUACUUCAUUGACAUCCGAUUUAGCUUGGCAUACAAAUACAACGUCGAUUCGUUUAAAUGAACGUUCUGCCAAAGAAAACCAAGAACUUUAUGAUCUUGCACUUCGAGGUCUUCAAUAUUUAUCUGGUUGGUCUGUACAAGUGUUAGACACAUUUUCAUGGAAGCUUGCUCACUGUGCCAGCGGUUUCACAAACCAUGAGUGCCCAAAAGAUGCUGAGAAUUAUGAAAAAGCCACUCGUUAUAAUUACAAUUCAGAAGAAAGAUUUGCUAUGAUUGAAAUAAUCAGUAUGAUUAAAUCUGUUCAAACACAACUUUUACGAUUGGAAGCUUGUUAUUCAGAAGCGAUUGGUCGUUCUGUUUAUCGAGAACUACAGUCAAUUGUUGUCGGCCAAUUAAGCGCUCCAUUGCUUAAAGCACAAAAGAAAAAAGAACGAAUCAUGCUGGCACGUUUAAUACUUGCGAUUCAAGCGACAUGUGCUGAUCAAAUAUCCGACACAAUGGAUUUGGAUAUGAUGAUGCACACUAGUAGCAGUAGUGGUGGUGGCACAACAGGAUCCAAAUCAUGGGGUAAAGCUGCUUCUUCAAAACUAUCGAAUUCAAGCAAUAAUAAUAAUCAUAAUAAUAGUAUGACUACAGGGUCAAAUUCUACGAUGGCUACUGUCGCUGCUUCAUUAGCCAAUAAUAAUGACAGUCCAACAGGAUCGAUUAGUACAAGUAGUAUAUUUGAUUCAAAUAAACGUCGAGUUGGUCCAUCAUCUAGUCAAUUGUAUUUAGUACGAACUAUGUUAGAAUUAAUGGUUGAACAAGUUUCAUCAACCAAACAAAUGAUACGAAAAGAAUUGGACACUGCAACAUUAUCAGCGAUAGAUACAUUUCUUAAGCAUAGUUUUUAUUGGCCAUAUCUUCUGAAUUUCAGUGAAACUUUAAUCAAGUGUUGUGACCUAUCUCAACUAUGGUAUCGUGAAUUCUUCUUAGAAAUGACUAAUGGUGCUUGUAUACAAUUUCCAAUUGAAAUGAGUUUACCAUGGAUAUUCACCGAUCAUAUUCUAGAAAGUGAACAUCCUGGUUAUACGGAAUAUCUACUCUAUAUGCUUGAUCUUUACAAUGAUGCUGCUGAUUGUGCAUUAAAUCGAUUUCGAAGACGAUUUCUUUAUGAAGAAAUCGAGGCUGAAGCGAAUUUAGUCUUUGAUCAACUUGUUUAUAAACUAAGUGAUAAAAUAUUUCGACACUAUAAACGCUAUGCAUCAUCAAUUUUAUUAGACAAACGAUUUCGAGCUGAAGCCCAACGUACUGCUUCAUGGCGUGAACCUUAUCCACCGCCUAAUCGUUAUACUGCAGCUUUACUUCGACAAAGAAAUAUUCAAUUGCUUGGUCGUUCUGUCGAUAUAAAUCGAUUAAUUUGUCAGAGGAUGACUAAAGCAAUAUACAAAUCAAUUGAAGUUGCUAUUUCACGUUUUCAUAGUUCAGAUAUAACAGGAAUAAUUGAAUUGGAAGCAGCUAUUGAAUGUAAUCGACUUUGUCAUAGAAUGUUGAGUGAACAAUUGGAAUUAGAUGAUUUUGAUGCAUUAUUACGUGAAGCGGAUAAUUUAGUAACUUCUAGAUUAGGAAAAAUUACUGUUCAUGUAUUUUGGGAAUUAACAUAUGAUCUUGUUAAAAAUUACUGUUAUAAUGAUGCUACUAACAGAUUUGUACCAACAAAUUUCACAUUAACUGAAGUGUUAGAACGUGAAAAACCGCCAACAGUUGAGGCUCAAUACGUUUGGGGUAGUCGUUCGUUAAAUACAUGCUUUGAAACUAUAUUUAAAUUAUAUCGUGGUUUUGUUGGUGCACCUCACUUUUCUGCCAUUUGUCGUUUAUUGGGUUAUCGAGGUCUGUUUGUUGUUACAGCAGAAGUAAUGAAAGUUGCUCAAUCAUUGCUAAAUCAAACAUUACGCGAUUAUGUUUGCCGAUUAGUGCUUCUUAUGCCUCAAUCAUUGAUACUUCCAUCAGAGAAAGCUGAAUCUGAUGCUGUAUUCUCGGCUUUAUACACUCAAUUACAUCAAAUCUAUAAAUAUACAGAUUUACGAACUAAUGUAUUUCAAAAUUUUCGUGAAUUUGGAAAUAUUCUUAUCUGUUGCUUACAGUUAGAAAAGAAUUUAUCAAUUGAAGAUUCAUGUGAUCUUCGUCAUGCAGGGCCUUUUAUUGGACAAAUGCCAAGACAGUUCUUUCCUCCUAUUCCAUCUCAUGAGGAAGGAUUAAAAGGUAAAUCAAUUAAUGAAUUAAGACGUGAACGUGAAAUUCAAUACAAAGAAUUACAAAAGAAACAAGAAUCAAUGAAUAUUGUAUUAGUUGUAUCACGUAUUGGUACUGAAGAUCAAUUGUCCUUAGCUAAAGAGAAUGAAAUAUUAACGAAAGAGAGACUUUGUUCUGGUUUAACACUAUUCGAAUUUGUCCUUAAUAAAAUUAAAAACUUUCUUCAUGAAGAAGAUUCUGAUGGAAAUACUUGGGAUCGUCUUUCCAAUAUUACCAAACGUAGUUCUAUAUGUAAUGGAACUACUACACAUUAUAAUAAUGAUAUACUCGGCUUAGAAAGUUAUACACACUUUCAUCGUCUAUGGUCUGCUAUUCAAUUAGUAUUCUGUACACCAUUUGGGCAAAAUGAAUAUACAGUUGAAGAAAUGUUUGGUGAAGGAUUAAAUUGGGCUGGAUGUGCAAUCAUUUUAUUAUUAGGUCAACAACGUCAAUUUGAAGCACUUGAUUUUGGUAGUCUUAUUUUACGACUACAACGAAUCGAUAAAAAAGAUGCAACACCAAUGGGAGUUUCUCUGGAACGAAUGGCGGCUCGUUUAAGUCGUUUCUCAGUACUCAAUCGUCAAAUAUUUUCCACAUUAAAUAUAUAUCUUCAUCCCGUCGAUCGACAGGAUGAAUCGAGUGUUCGUGUUCGACAGUUUCCUAUACCUACCUGGUCCAAAUCAUAAACCAUUAUCGUUUUUUAAACCAUGUAAUUUGUUCCCCUUUCCAAUUUUUUUGGUAUAACGCUUAUUGUACUAUAAACCACCUCAAUUAAUGGCAUUUUAUAGAGUUCCUUUGGUUCUUUUUUAUAUUUUGAUCAUACCGGUAAUUUGUUUUGGUUGAUUUACUGCUUUCCUGGUGUUUUUUGCUUUCUUAUCUGGUUUUUCCACCUCAUUUUCUAGAGAAAUAUGUAUAAAUAAAUUCAUAAGGAAAAUAAAGUUAAUUUAUGGUGUUAUAUGAUUAAUGAUAAUAAUGCUUUGUUAGUAAAAUUAAUUUUAUGCGGACCAACAUUCUUUUUGUCGUAAAAAUCAUGUUGUAUUCGAUGCGACCUUGCUGAAAUGUGUCCAUACGCGAAGUUACCGUUAGUCAUCUUGAAUAAAAAAUUAACAUAAGUUUAAGUAG